AAGAAAAUGCAUCUUUGGCGUUUCAAGUGGAGGCGCCACCUACAGAUCGACAAUUUCUCAUAAUUGUGACUUUACAGUAGAGUUGGACAAACGUUAUUCGAUUAUAAAUUGUGUUCUACCGCUUUAACAGUAAUUCACAAUGGUUUCUUUGAAUCCUGUCAGGAUCCUCAAGAAUGAAGCAGAAGAAGAAAAGGCAGAAAUUGCCAGACUAAGUUUGUUCGUAGGAGCAAUAGCCAUCGGUGAUUUAGUGAAAUCUACACUUGGACCUAAAGGUAUGGACAAAGUAUUAGUGGCUCAUGGCCGAUCUGCAGGACAAGUUCAAGUUACCAAUGAUGGAGCAACUAUUCUUAAGAAUGUUGGCGUGGAUAAUCCUGCUGCUAAAAUCUUAGUGGACAUGUCUCGUGUACAAGAUGAUGAAGUUGGCGAUGGUACUACUUCUGUAACUGUGCUUGCUGCCGAAUUAUUAAGAGAAGCAGAAAAAUUGAUUGAUCAAAAGAUUCACCCACAAACCAUAAUUGCUGGCUGGAGGAAUGCAACCAAUGUAGCUAGAGAAGCUUUGAAAAAUGCUGCAGCUGAUAAUUCUGCAGAUCCUGAACGUUUCCGUGAAGAUCUGUUAAAUAUUGCCCGUACAACUUUAAGUUCAAAAAUUCUAUCCCAACACAAGGAACACUUUAGCAAGCUUGCAGUAGAUGCUGUAUUACGUUUGAAAGGAUCUGGAAAUUUAUCAGCCAUUCAAGUAAUUAAGAAACGUGGAGGAACUUUAGCUGAUUCUUUUCUUGAUGAGGGUUUUUUGCUAGACAAAAAACCUGGAGUGCAUCAACCUCAAAGAGUGACUGAUGCACGAAUACUUAUAGCAAACACUCCUAUGGAUACAGAUAAAAUUAAGGUAUUUGGCUCUAGAGUCAGAGUUGAUUCAAUGGCAAAAAUUGCAGAACUAGAAACAGCAGAAAAGGAAAAAAUGAAGGAUAAAGUUGAGAAGAUCAUAAAACAUGGCUGCAACGUUUUUAUUAAUAGACAGUUAAUUUAUAAUUACCCAGAACAAUUAUUUGCGGAUGCUAAUAUUAUGGCUAUAGAGCAUGCUGACUUUGAUGGUAUUGAACGACUUGCUCUUGUCACUGGUGGAGAAAUUGUUAGUACCUUUGAUCAUCCUGAUAUGGUAAAACUUGGUAAAUGUGACCUCAUUGAACAGAUAAUGAUAGGUGAAGAUACUCUAUUACGAUUCUCUGGAGUUCCUUUAGGAGAAGCUUGUACAGUAAUUAUUAGAGGCGCUACUCAGCAAAUUCUCGAUGAAGCUGAAAGAUCUUUGCACGAUGCGCUUUGCGUAUUGUCAGCUACUGUGCGAGAAUCGAGAAUUGUUUAUGGUGGAGGAUGUAGUGAAAUGAUAAUGGCUUGUGCCGUAAUGAAAGCAGCCGCUUCUACGCCUGGAAAAGAAGCAGUUGCAAUGGAAUCUUUCGCUCGAGCAUUACAACAAUUACCCACUGUUAUUGCCGAUAAUGCUGGUUAUGAUUCAGCUCAACUAAUUAGCGAGUUAAGAGCUGCGCAUAAUUCUGGUACAAAUACUAUGGGUCUCGAUAUGGAGCAAGGAAAAGUAGGUUGUAUGAAACGAUUAGGAAUAACCGAAUCGUGGGCUGUGAAGAGACAAGUUUUAGUUAGCGCAGCAGAAGCAGCUGAAAUGAUUUUACGUGUGGAUGAUAUCUUGCGAGCUGCACCUAGAAAGCGCGUCAAAGAUCGCGGCCGUUGUUAAUUACGCGAAUGCCCAUUUACUGCAUUAUUCGCACUGCUUCUUUUAUGCUAUGAAAUUAUAAUUAAAUAAUGAACAAUUUAGUUUUAUCUAUUUUGUUAAUAAACAUUGAUACUAACUGA